AUGCUGAUGCUAAUCCUGACCCUAAUGCUGCUGCUAAUCCUGACCCUAAUGCUGCUGCUAGUCCUGACCCUAAUGCUGCUGCUAGUCCUGCCGCCGUGGCACCUGGGGGUGAUGCAGAUACUCAAGAAGCAGGACCCUCUCCGGUGGUGGAAGAGACUACCACCCCUAGCGUUAUUACUGGACAGUGGAUUGCUGUCCAGAGCAGCCUCUCCAGUGGACCCAGGAGAGAGGGCCCAGGAGCUGAAGGUGGAACCGGUGCAGCAGCCGGGAGUCAGGCGUGGUGCAGCCGACUCGUGCCAGGUGUGUAGACACCGCCACCAUUCUUUGCUGCACCCAAGCGGUGCAUCUGGGUCCAAUAUUGGUGAAGAUGGGAGUACGAUUCACGAGGCAUCAUCAGUCGCUUCAACGUCGGCGAAGGAUGAGAUUAAAAAUUGUAAUGCUGUAGUGACCGCGCAAGCGGAGGGAUCGAGCAAGUCAAUGGUAUCGUGCCUUUCGACAGGGACUAGCCGUAAAACGGUGUUAUUAACUACCGCUUUGAUCAAAGCGGAGUCGAAAGACGGUUCAUAUAGGGUGGUUAGGGCUUUACUCGAUCAAGGAUCACAAGGUUCGUUUGUGACAGAAUCUACAGUCCAGUAUUUGGGAUUAGAUAAAACACCUUCGGAGCAAGUUGAGAUAGGUGUAGGUGGGGACAAGAGUGCUACGGCCAAGUCCAGUGUGACUCUCACAUUGAGGUCUAGAAUAGACCCCAGUGACGUCAUUAGGGUUAAUGCAUUCGUCCUGAAGUCGGUCUCAACUGUUCUCCCAGCUGCAAAGGUAGCCAGGGUAGAAUGGGUAGAUUUGACUGAUGAUGACUUGGCUGAUCCAGAAUAUUACAGGCCUAAUAAAAUUGAUGUUUUAUUAGGUGCUGAAGUCUACAGCCAGGUCAUCCAGGAGGGUAUUAAAAAGAAUAUAACUGGGUCAUUAUUAGCUCAGAAUACUAAAUUAGGGUGGAUAUUGUCAGGUACCUUUGACGUCGACCAGACAAUAAAUUCAUCACACAUUACCGUUAUGCAUUCAAGUCUUGUAGAAGAUGACAUGCUUAAAAAAAUAUAUGAACUAGAAGCAGAACCUCCUAGAAAGAAAAUGCUUAAGGAGGAAGAAAAUAAAUGCGUGAAGUUAUUUGCAGCUACGACGGAACGCGACAGUAAUGGUAGAUACAUUGUAAGACUACCAUUGCGUAAUGUGGACCCGGCUUGUGCGGUUGGUGAGACCAGGAGCAUUGCUGAAAAAAGAUUCAAAGGUUUGGAAGUAAAAUUUAAGAAAAACGAAAAACUUAAAGAAGAAUAUGGGAAAGUAAUAAAAGAGUAUUUACAGUUGAAUCACAUGACAAAAGUACCAGAAGUAGAUUAUAAUAAUGAAAAGGCAAUCUAUUUACCUCACCACGCCGUUGUCCGGGAGGAUAAAGAAACAUCAAAGGCUCGCGUCGUAUUCGAUGCCUCCUGCAAAGGAUCGAAGGGAAUGUCACUGAAUGACAACAUGUUAGUAGGCCCUACCUUGCAGGCAGAUCUCCGCCAUACAAUUAUACGAUGGAGAACGCAUCACAUAUGGUUUGUAGCAGACAUUGUGAAAAUGUAUCGUCAAGUUCUGGUACACAAGAAGGAUACAAUACUACAAGGUAUUCUCUGGCGCGAUGAUCCUGAAAAAGAAAUUAAUAAAUAUCAAUUGAAAACUGUUACCUUCGUUACUGCGUCGACUCUAUUUCUGGCUGUACGGGGUCUUCAACAGCUGGCUUACGAUGAAUGUCGUGCUGAACCUGGAAUGUCUAAGAUAAUUUUAGAAGACUUCUACAUGGAUGAUGUAAUGACAGGAGCUGAAAAUAUAGAAGACUGUUUCAAAAUAUACAAGAAACUAAAAGAAAUAUUAAUAAAGGGUGGUUUUCCACUACAAAAACGGAAGAGUAACAGUCAAAAGCUGUUAAAUGGAACUGUGGAUGGAAAAGAAACUACAGAGGAAUUAAAGAUACGAAUAGAUAAUACUACAAAAAAUUGGGACUUAUCUGGAACUGGAACGAAGAUGUCUUCCAGUACACUGUGGAUCUUCGAUCGCCGGCAGCACCUGUAA